AUGACUUAUUACAACAACACAACACAACUGACGGUUUAUUACUGUUGGGAUUCUGACGACGAUUUGGCCUUUUCUGUGGCCGUCUAUCAGCUAUUCGUGAUCACAUCACGGAGUGGCAGUCGAAAGGAGCACCUAAUAUGUUGGCCAACACUGAGACAUCACAAACAAAAUAUAGAUAAUACCACUUCUUCUAACUCACACUCAAAUACAUCAGACAUUACAAGAGGUCGCAAACAGGUGAUCAAGAUGUUACUGUUGAUAGUGAUCCUAUUCAUGCUGUGUUGGGGCCCGCGAUUGGUGAUGAAUGUGUUGAUAAAGUUAGGUCUACAGAGUUUCUCGCACUCGGCCUAUACGGCCAGAAUCGCCUGCUAUUUGCUGUCAUUCAUUCACUCAGCGCUCAAUCCCUUCGUUUACGGUCUUAUGUCCAGUAAUUUCCGGCGAAUG